AUGCAGCACGGGGUCUUGGUGGUACCGGUACACAGGGGGGAGGGGUACACAGGACGAAUCACCAAGGGGUCAGGAGGGGAGGGGUUCACAAGGAGAGUCACCGGGGGGUCAGGAGGGGAGGGGUUCACAGGGAGAGUCACCGGGGGGUCAGGAAGGGAGGGUUCACAGGAGAGUCACUGGGGGUCAGGAGGGGAGGGGUUCACAGGGAGAGUCACCGGGGGGUCAGGAGGGGAGGGGUGCACAGGGAGAGUCACCGGGGGGUCAGGAGGGGAGGGGUGCACAGGAGAGUCACUGGGGUCAGGAGGGAGGGGUUCACAGGAGAGUCACUGGGGGUCAGGAAGGGAGGGGUUCACAGGGAGAGUCACCGGGGGGUCAGGAGGGAGGGGUUCACAGGAGAGUCACUGGGGGUCAGGAGGAGGGGUGCACAGGGAGAGUCACCGGGGGGUCAGGAGGGGAGGGGUGCACAGGGAGAGUCACCGGGGGUCAGGAGGGAGGGUGCACAGGAGAGUCACUGGGGGUCAGGAGGGAGGGGUGCACAGGAGAGUCACUGGGGGUCAGGAGGGAGGGGUGCACAGGGAGAGUCACUGGGGGUCAGGAGGAGGUGCACAGGAGAGUCACCAGGGGUCAGGAGGAGGGGUGCACAGGGAGAGUCACUGGGGGUCAGGAGGAGGGGUGCACAGGAGAGUCACCGGGGGUCAGGAAGGAGGGGUGCACAGGGAGAGUCACUGGGGGUCAGGAGGGAGGUGCACAGGAGAGUCACUGGGGGUCAGGAAGGGAGGGGUGCACAGGGAGAGUCACCGGGGGGUCAGGAGGGGAGGGGUGCACAGGGAGAGUCACCGGGGGGUCAGGAAGGGAGGGGUGCACAGGGAGAGUCACUGGGGGUCAGGAGGAGGGUGCACAGGGAGAGUCACCGGGGGGUCAGGAAGGGACGGGUGCACAGGGAGAGUCACCGGGGGGUCAGGAGGGAGGUGCACAGGGAGAGUCACUGGGGUCAGGAGGAGGGGUGCACAGGAGAGUCACCGGGGGGUCAGGAGGGGAGGGGUGCACAGGGAGAGUCACGGGGGGGUCAGGAGGGGAGGGGUGCACAGGGAGAGUCACCGGGGGGUCAGGAAGGGAGAGGUGCACAGGGAGAGUCACUGGGGGUCAGGAGGGGACGGGUUCACAGGGAGAGUCACCGGGGGGUCAGGAGGGGAGAGGUUCACAGGGAGAGUCACUGGGGGUCAGGAGGAGGUGCACAGGAGAGUCACCAGGGGUCAGGAGGGAGGGGUGCUGGGGAGAGUCACCGGGGGGUCAGGAGGGGAGGGGUGCACAGGGAGAGUCACCGGGGGGUCAGGAGGGGAGGGGUGCACAGGGAGAGUCACCGGGGGGUCAGGAGGGGAGGGGUGCACAGGGAGAGUCACCGGGGGAUCAGGAGGGGUGGGGUGCACAGGGAGAGUCACCGGGGGGUCAGGAGGGGAGGGGUGCACAGGAAGAGUCACCGGGGGGUCAGGAGGGGAGGGGUGCACAGGAUGA